AUGGCUGCAUCAGACUGGAAGAAAGCUCUGGGGUUCACCGAUCGAUUAACGGCAAUUCAAUCUCUGACUACUGCCUAUCAGCGAGCUUCGUCUUCGGCUGCAUUUGCUGAAGCUCAGUCGCAAGCAAAGAGGUUCGAAAGUGAGGCUUAUGAACAAGCUAACUCCAAGGAAGAAUAUGACCGGAUGUGCCAGGAUGCCAUCGAUGCCGCAGAGGCCAGUGGUUCUGUAGCCCCGAUGAUCAGCAGUCCAAACCAGUUGCAACAUGAGCCCGAUGAGGGUGCUUGGACAGCAGGAGAAGCAAUUGGUCCGUUCAAAGGAUGCCUCCAUGUGUUUGAUGGGCUCCAUUCCACUAUUUACAAGUCCAAGCGUGAGGAUGGAUCUGUGGUUGCAGUGAAAGUUACCAUACCCCAUCUCUUGACGCCACCACAUGACGCUGAGCGCGAGGUUCGACUUCUGAGAGAAGCCGCGAGUCCUCAUAUUAUAAGUCUGUCGGACUCGCUCAAGGUUGACGGAGGCAGACUCAUCCUGGUCUUCCCCUAUCUAAAAUAUGACUUGGAAUAUUUGCUCCGCCGUGAUAUGCUCACUGCAACGCAAACAAAGGCCCAUUUGCACGAUAUGCUCAGCGCGUUGGCACACCUUCAUGAGCUGGGAAUCAUUCAUCGGGAUGUCAAACCCUCUAACAUUCUGUUGGACUCGCCUGAUGGGCCGGCGUACCUGGCGGACUUUGGCAUCGCAUGGAAAGAAGGAGACGGGGGUUCCGAGCCGGCUGACAAGAAAAUUACCGAUGUAGGAACCACAUCUUAUCGGGCGCCUGAGAUCCUGUUUGGGUUCAAGGGAUACGGAACAGCUUUGGAUCUGUGGGCCGCUGGUUGUGUUGUGGCCGAAGCUGUCGCUGUCGGGCACAAGCAGCUGUUUGAUUCCGGGCCCGUGGGGAGUGAUCUGUCGCUUGUUCAGUCGAUUUUCAAGACCCUGGGAACCCCAGAUGAGAGUACCUGGCCCGAGACUGAGAAACUCCCUGACUGGGGUAAGAUCGAGUUUUACCGAUUUCCUGCCAAAACGUGGGAUGAAAUUCUCAGAGGAGCUUCUUCCAAAGGACGGGAUCUCGUGAGCAGACUGGUACGCUACGAGAGCAGCGAACGGCUGUCUGCUGCAGAGGUAGGCUACGCAUUCUAAGUGGACCGGCCCGAUGCUAACAGUGUGGCAGGCCUUGAAACAUCCAUAUUUUUCAGCAACCUGAAGCCGGUCUGUUCCAGGGGUUUAAUUGCUCUGAUCUCACAUGAUACAGCAUCAUCUCGCAAUGAUGUUGCGAUCAUCAUGGCCAAGCUUCUAGCGGUCCACCAGUCUGCAGCGGGUGUUUCAGCCUUUAAAUUUGAAUCGGCUCGAAGCGGCAUUACUACCACAAUGAUUGCCAACUCGCCACACCCUUGAGUGGUUGAGCCAUAAUUGUGACUGGGGGCUGAGCUCCAGCAACUGAUUCCUUCAAAUCCGCUCGGUACACUUACUCAGGAUCUCUUAGUCCGACCGCAACCGAGGCACCGACAACUCUCGUCACAGGAUGAACACAUGGCU